AUGAGUGAAACUAUCAGGGUAAUUAGACGACAGGGGUUUGAAUUUCGUCACAACAGGUACUUUGCUGACGACGAUGGUGACGACCAAGCUUCGAAUUCUGACGUUGAUAUGGAGGGCGAAGCCGGUUCUUCUUCAAUAGUUACUCCAGGUGAGCUGGUCACUGAUGACCCUGCAUGGAUGAGAGGACAUGGAACAUAUUUCUUAGAGAACAAGACCUAUUCUUCAUUAGCAGGAACCGUGUCGCGCGUGAAUAAACUUUUAUCUGUUCUUCCUUGGCGCGGGAGAUAUGCUCCAGAGACAGGUGACCAUAUUGUAGGCCGUAUAGUGGAAGUUGGUAACAAAAGGUGGAAGGUUGAUAUUGGAGGAAAGCAUUAUGCUGCACUAAUGUUGGGGUCCGUUAAUUUACCAGGUGGUGUGCUGAGAAGAAAGUCGGAAAGUGAUGAAUUACAGAUGAGAAGUUUCUUAAAAGAGGGCGAUCUAUUAAACGCUGAGGUUCAAUCUUUAUUCCAGGACGGUAGUGCUUCUUUGCAUACCAGAUCACUUAAAUAUGGAAAGCUAAGGAACGGUAUGUUUCUGUGUGUACCUAGCUCGCUGAUCGUGAGAAGUAAGAACCACACACAUCAUCUUCCAGGUAACGUCACCGUAAUAUUGGGUGUGAAUGGUUAUAUUUGGCUUAGAAAGACCUCGGAGAUGGACGUUGCCGAAAAUUCAUAUACGGCUGUGAUUGGAAAAAACGCAGCUGCAAUUACUGGAGCAAGAGGCGACUACAAGCCUGGUGUUGGAAGUGUUUCCAUCACAAGACUAGAGGAAGAAUCUUCAUGGGAAAUUUACUCAGAUAAGAAUGAUCAUAUUUCAAACAAUAUUAGGACCACAAUUGCAAGAUAUAGUAAUGUCAUCAAGGCCCUCACGCACUGUGAGAUUGGCAUAACAGAAACGAGGAUAGUUGCAGCUUACGAAGCCAGUAUGGCAUACAGUGAUAUAGGUUCUCUGAUAGAAUACGAGACCAUGGAUGCUAUUGGCCAAGAUGUCAUCAAUGGUGAGAAGAUGCGUGGCAACAUGUAG